AUGUUUCAUUCUCAACUUUUAUUAUUACUAAUUAUUUCAUCAAUUGCUUAUGGUUUAUUUGGACGAAAGAAGAAUAUCACAGUAACGGGUGAAUUAAACUGUGGUCGAAAUUAUUAUUCUAAUGUAAGAGUGGAACUUUGGGAAGCAGAUACCAUUGGUCCAGAUGAUAAAUUGAAUGUGACAUAUACGAAUAACAGUGGCCAAUUCAAGAUAUUUGGCCAAGCAAGAGAAAUACGAAAUAUUGAGCCAUAUUUAAAAAUGCAUCACUUUUGCAAGCAUGGUGUUCAUGAUGUGAGAUGCGAAAUAAUUGAUCGUUUCGAUGUACCGAAACAAUAUCAAGGAAAAGUAUACAAUCUAGGCUUAGUGGACUUAGCGGUUGCUACUAAAAAGCGUAAAGAGAAGUGUCACUAA